GAGUUGUCAGGAACUAAAGCCACGCGAAUGCAGUCAAUGAUUACAACUUGUGUGGCUAUUUAACAAGGCCACAAGGGAUUCGAUGAUUCACAAGCCAAAGAAAUUAAAAGAUUCAUUACGUUUUCUAAAAUUUUCACACUUAUAUCCAUCUAAAAUGUUGUACUCGUUUUGGCGUUUACUCUCUCUCGUUUCCAUCCUCCACUGUGUCGCUGCUCUCCAGUGUCUUCCUGACCAAACCGAGACCCUUAAACGUUUCAAAAACGAGUUUCAGUUCUCCAGCAUCUGCAGCGACGACACCAACUUUCUCCGCGGUGUGGUCUGCGAUAACACGACCGGUGCUGUCACGUUUCUUGAACUCCCCGGUGGAUGUAUACGUGGAACUCUCAGACCAAACAGUAGCCUCUUCGAGUUGAGUCAUCUCCGUUACCUUAACCUCUCUUUCAACAACUUCGAUUCUUCUCCUUUGUCCUCUGCUUUUGGUCAACUCAAAAAUCUUGAGGUCUUGCUUCUCUCCUCUAAUGGCUUCGCCGGCCAAGUUCCUUCUUCAAUACGUAACCUACCCAAAUUAACCAAGUUACAGCUUUCCCACAACAAGAUCACUGGUAACUUAGCUCCACUUGUACAGAAUCUAACCAAUCUUUUAGCUUUAGACCUUUCUUUUAAUCAAUUCUCUGGAACCAUACCUUCUUCUAUCUUCACAAUGCCUUUCUUGUCUUAUCUUGAUUUGAGUGACAAUCAUCUCACUGGCUCAUUUGAAAUCACUAAUAUUUCUUCGUCUAAACUCGAGACUUUACAGCUUGGGAAUAACCAUUUUGAAGCAGAGAUCAUAGAUCAUAUUUCAAAGUUGGUUAGUCUUCAGUAUCUCAGCCUCUCUUUUAUAAACAUAAGCCACCCAAUUGACUUAAAAAUCUUCCAUUCUCUUCAAUCUUUGUCACACCUUGAUCUUUCUGGAAACAGUUUAACACCGAGUAUGAAUUCAGACAUCGAGUUUCCAAAGGACAUGAAGGUCUUGCUCUUGUCUGGAUGCAACAUCAGUGAAUUCCCUGAAUUCUUGAAGCCCUUAAAGAAGUUAUGGUAUUUAGAUCUUUCCAACAACAUAAUUAAAGGGGACGUUCCUGAUUGGUUAUGGAGUCUUCCUCUUUUAGUCUCUCUGGAUCUUAAGAACAAUUCAUUCACCGGUUUCAAAGGUUCAUUGGAUCAUGUUUUAGCUAAUUCAUCGGUGCAGGUAUUAGAUAUUGCUUUAAACUCUUUCAAAGGUUCAUUCCCUAAUCCACCAGUCUCUAUCAUCCACUUGUCUGCUUGGAACAAUAGUUUCACAGGAGAGAUACCUCUCUCAGUCUGUAACCGAACCGCUCUCGAUAUUCUUGACCUAUCCUACAACAACUUCACCGGCUCAAUCCCUCCAUGUAUGGGUAACUUCAGUAUAGUGAACCUCCGGAAAAACAAGUUGGAAGGAAACAUUCCAGACGAGUUCUAUAGCGGUGCUUUGACACAGACAUUUGAUGUUGGAUACAAUAAACUAACCGGAAAGCUUCCAAGAUCGCUCUUGAACUGCUCUCUCCUAAGGUUUUUAAGUGUGGAUCACAACAGAAUCAAUGAUUCUUUUCCCUUCUGGCUCAAGGCAUUGAAGAAUUUGAAAGUCCUUACACUCCGUUCAAACAGAUUCGUUGGUUCUAUAUCUCCACCUGAUGAUCAAGGUCCUCUUGCAUUUCCCAAGCUCCAGAUACUUGAAAUAUCGCAUAACAGAUUUACGGGAACCUUACCAAGAAAUUACUUUACGAGCUGGAGUACAACGUCUAUCAAGAUGCAUGAUGAAGAGAGGCUAUAUAUGGGAGAUUAUUCGAAUGAGCGGUUUGCCUAUGAAGAUACGUUGGAUUUGCAAUACAAAGGUCUAUACAUGGAGCAAGGGAAAGUUCUUACUUUCUACUCUGCCAUUGAUUUCUCUGGACAUAUCCCAAUGUCUUUCGCCAAUGUGACUGAGCUAGAGUCAUUAGACCUGUCAGGGAACAAACUCUCAGGGGAGAUUCCGCAAGAACUCAGGAGACUAUCUUAUUUGGCGUACAUAGAUGUGUCUAUUAAUCAGCUCACUGGUAGAAUACCACAAGGGACACAGAUCAUAGGGCAACCUAAAUCCUCAUUUGAAGGGAAUCGAGGGUUAUGUGGUCUUCCUCUUGAAGAAAGUUGUUUAAGGGAAGACGCACCAUCCACACACGAGCUUGAAGAAGAAGAAGAAGAAGAAGGAAUAUUGGAGUGGAGAGCAGCAAUAGUAGGGUAUGGGCCAGGAGUGUUGUUUGGAUUGGCAAUAGGACAUGUUGUUGCUUUGUACAAUCCUGGGUGGUUCAUCAAGAAUGAUGGUCGUCAUAACAUGUUUAGAGGCAUCAGAAACCUUUAGGAUUGAUUAAAUAUAUAGUUUCAUUUUGUCUUUGUUUUUUUGUGUGUAAUUUGAUCUGUGAAUGUGUCUCUAAGUUACUGAAAACAUGAUUAUGGCAUCUUAUGUGUUACAAAAAAAACUCUGUUCUGAUAACAGAGGAAACUACUAAAUUA